GGCUGGAGCUCCCUGGGACAGCAGCAGACCCUGCGUGAGUUUCUGGAUUACAAACUAAACCCUGAGUCUGUUCUUCCCAAGAUGGAGGGCGUCACCGAGUUCACAGAGUACAUCUCUGAGACGGUCGACGUCCCUUCGCCUUUCGACCUCCUGGAGCCGCCCACGUCCGGAGGCUUCCUGAAGCUGUCCAAACCGUGUUGCUACAUCUUUCCCGGUGGACGUGGGGACUCCGCUCUCUUUGCCGUGAACGGCUUCAACAUCUUAGUGGACGGAGGCUCCGAACGAAAAUCCUGCUUCUGGAAGCUGGUUCGUCACUUGGACCGCAUUGACUCGAUUCUGCUCACACACAUCGGUGCUGACAAUCUGCCGGGUAUCAAUGGGCUGCUUCAGAGGAAGAUAGCGGAACAGGAUGAGGAGCAGUCCCAAGACUCCACCAACUACAGCGAAUGGAUGAAGAACCUGAUCUCUCCUGAACUAGGCGUGGUAUUCUUCAACGUGCCAGAGAAGCUCCGUAUGCCAGAGUCUAAUCUGAAAGUGAAACGCAGCAUCGAGGAGGCCUCCCUGACUUUGCAGUACCUGAACAAACUAGGAAUCAAACCAGAGCCUCUCUGUCGAGUGGUCAGCAACACCAUUGAGCCCAUUACUCUGUUCCACAAGAUGGGCGUGGGCAGGUUAGACAUGUAUGUUCUCAAUCCUGUCAAAGACAGUAAAGAGAUGCAAUUCUUAAUGCAGAAGUGGGCUGGCAACAGCAAGGCCAAAACUGGUAUUGUGCUGCCCAACGGGAAAGAAGGGGAAAUAUCUGUGCCCUACCUGACCUCCGUGACUGCCUUAGUCGUCUGGCUUCCCGCCAACCCUGCUGAAAAGAUCAUCAGAGUGCUGUUCCCUGGGAAUGCACCACAAAACAAGAUCUUAGAGGGCCUGGAGAAAUUAAAGCACCUUGACUUCUUGCGCUAUCCGGUCGCCACACAAAAGGAUAUUGCCUCCGGAGCUCCUCCCUCUGUUAUAAAACAAACCAAGUUAAAACAAAGAACAGACAGCAAAGAGAGUCUUAAGUCAUCCCCGAAGACUACCGCCAAGGCCUCAAAGAAAGAAAAUGAAGGACAGGAUGAUGUGUCGGCCACCACGGAGGCAAAGAGUGACUCUAUCAAGGAAAAUAUAUCUGAGAAAAAAGAGGAGAAAAAGCCUACUAAAACUAUCAAAUCUAAAAGUGAUGUGCCAGAAAAGAAAAAGCUGCUGAAAGAAAAAUCCUUAAAAAAGCACCCGAAGGAAAGAGUGUCAAAAAUGGAUGAGAAGAAGGACAAGGAGAAGAAAGAGAUCAAGAAAGUAAAGAGAGAUGACUCCGCUAAAAAAGACGAAAAGAAAGAUGUUAAGUCCAAAGACGACAAAAAGAAGGACGCGUCCAAACCAGAGCUGAGAAAAAUCACAAAGCCUGACCUGAAACCGUUUACUCCAGAAGUCAGAAAGACGUUGCACAAAGCUAAAGUGUCAAGCAAAGCAAAGACUGGAAAAAUCAAAGCGGCGAAGACGUUACCCGCUGAGCCGAAGCCAGAGGAGCCAAAACCUGAAACUGUUCAACCCGAACCAAUAGAGAAUGGAGCUGUCAAGGUCACGUCUGUUUCCUCGACCCCUGAAGACCUCACCAAGGAUUUUGAAAACAUGAACAAAGCUGGAGUUGUAGAUGCAUCAGCAGAGCCUCCAGAGAGUCUUGCUCAAGAUAACCAGGAAGCAUCCGAAAGGCCACCUGAAACAGCCCUGAAAGCUGAUGUGGAUGACAACAAGUUGACACAAGAGAGGGAACUGGAAGAUGCUCAAAAGUUUGAGGAUGAAGGAGCAGCGUCUCAGGAUGAGGACGAGAACGAGGAGGAAGAAGAGGCCCCGGCUGCCAAAAGGCAAACAGAAGAGGAGGUGGAAGAAGAUAUGGGAAUAGGGGAAGAGGAAGAUGAAGCAAAAUGGAAGGAAGCAAAGGACGAUGACCUUGACAGGAAACACGAGUUGGAAGAAAUGGAGAAAACGGAAAAACUCUCAGCUAAGGUUGUGAUAAAAGAGGAGCUGCAAAUGAUUCCAUCAGAGGAAGAGGAGGAGGAGGCAGUGGAGAAAGCCGAACUGGAGGAGGUAGAAGAUUUAGAUGUUAUAGCAGAUGAAGAGAUUAAAUCGGAAGAUCCAGCUGAAGGAGAAAUGUUCACUGAAAGAAAAAACACUGACCUUCUGGCUGCAACUGAAGAAGAGGAAGAGGAAGAGGAGGAGGGUUACCUGUCACAUGUUGGAGGGGCCACAGCUCCCAUAACCUCAGUAGUUCAUGGAGCCACUGCAGCUGAACCCAUCUCCUACAUCCAAGACGAGACCAUCCCCGGCUACUCUGAGACAGAACAGACCAUCUCUGACGAGGAGAUUCACGAGGAGGCCGAGGAGAGGAUACCACACCUCCAGUAUGACGUCGGCACCUACGACAUCUCCGUUCCAGCUCAGACCGGAUCAUUUGUCAACAUUCCCGGCAUGAGGGCGAUGCAAGCUGCAGCUUUGACAGAGAAAAGCUUCAUCCCAGGCGUGCAGGAGCAGGUGUCUGUGUUCACAAACAUCAUCACUGCUCCUCUGGCAGAAGAGGAACACGUGUCCUCUGCGACAUCCAUCACAGAGUACGACAAAGUGUGCUCUUUCCCUACUUCUAUUGCCGAAGACCAAUCGGUGGCAUCUGCUGCAGCACCGGUAGCCGAGGAACCACCCAGAAUCCCCGUUACCACGUCAACCCCACCUAGCGCCAGCCAAGGCAAAGAGCAGCCACUCUCGGCAGGAACUAUUUCACCACCUUCUUUAGAAGAAGACAAACAAUGCAAGUUUCCUUCUGAUGACUUCGAGCUUCCCGUUGCCGAAGUGAAGACGCCGGCUGAAGCUCCUGAAGCUCGCAAGGAAGAAGAGGAAGAGGAGGACGAAGACCAAGACCAAACUCCCAAUGUAGACAUUUCACUUGAAAAACUCCAAGAGGCCUAUGCUUCAUCCCAAUUAUUACAGCGUGAAGAGACGGAUAUUGAACAGCUUGCUGGUUCAGUGUCUCCAGUUUCUAUACACGCCACCAAACCAGUCCACCUGCCAAUUGAGGAGGAAAAUAUAGUUGCUGUUGCACCUAAAGAUGUUUCAUCUGUUGUGCCUACUAGACCUUUUGGAUCUGACUCAGUGACUUCAGAGAGUGAAGAGCGCUGCUUCAGUCCGGAUGACAUCACUGUGAAAAUGGCCUCCCCGCCACAGUCCGGACCACCGAGCGCGGCUCAUUCUCCUCUUCGUCAGUCACCAGUGGAAGACAAGAGGAAGGUCUUCCCUGAUUUGGAGGAGACCCUUAACGUUGCCACAGCAACAGAUGACAAAACAAAAAAGACAGAUGAAGCGGGAACAGAGACACGGAAAGAUGACGACAAACAGAAAGCGGAUCAGCAUGAAGUGGAAAUAUCGACAUCUUUGGACGAAUCAUUUGAGGAGGACAUGAAAGACAUUCCAGUGAUGAAGGAGUCAGAAAAAGACACUUCGUCCGUGACAAAAGAUGAAGGCAAGCGGUCAGAAACAAUCACCGUUGUUGCUGCAUCUUUAAGAGAAGUUCAGCCACCCGCGCCAGUAAAGCAUUCCCUCAUUGUAUCUGGAGAAAGUGAUAAAGAGGUCGACGACAUGCUCAAAGACAAACAAUCCAAAGUUCCCAUUACAGGUACAUUUCCAGAGAGGGAAAGUCAUUUCCUGGAUGAUGAUGAUGAUGAUAACAAGAAAGAUGACGACGAUGAUAAAUCUGCAGUUAAAACCACCAAGGCAGAACAGGAGAAAGGAAAGGACGACACCUCUGAUAUGCAACAAAUCAAGGAUGAGCAAAAACAGAAAUCUGUCAUCCAGGAAAAUGUUUCUGCCAUUAUGUCCAUCACGGAUGAGAAAGUAGAGAAAGAGACAAUAAAGGAGGGUACCUCUGAUAUUAAACCCUGCAAAGAAGAGCAAAUGGCAAAGGACAUUUCCCCUGCUGUUGGAGCCAUUAAAGAUGAGCCUGAAAAGGAAAAAGUCACAACCAAAGAAGCAGAGAUGGAAAUUCAAGUCAAAAAUGAGCCGAAGCAGAUGGAUGAUGAUUUUGACCUCAAAGGUGAGGUUAUGGAUGAUUUGUCUGAUAGCGAUAUUUCUGAUAUUAGCCCUGUAAAGACUGCAAAUAAAGAGAUUGACCUGUUCCAUGCCACAGAUAUCAAGCCUGUUAAAGACGAGAUGGAGAAAGAGGUAAAGAAGGACGAUAUGCCCAUUAUUGAACCAACUAAAGAUGAAAAGAAAAAGGAGACCGAAUCAUUUGAUAUCAAAGUGAUUGUAGAUGAGAAAGAGGAAAAAGAGAUGGAAAAGAUAGAUGCUUCUGGUACAAUGUCCUUAACAGAUGAGCAGAGAGACGCUGAUAAAGAGAUUGGUGACAUCCCUGUUGCUAAAGAAGAAGAAAUGAUUAGUAAGGGUGAUACGUCUUCUGUUACCAUAAAAGAAGAAAAGGGGCAAGAGGUUUGUAAAGUCUCAACCAUCAUAAGUGAAGAAGAAAUUCCAGCUGCCAAGUUAGCCACAGAGCAAGAAAAAGAUAAAGAGACAAGUAAAGAUGAUAGUUCUGACACCAAACUAUCCAAGGAGCAGGAAAAAGAUAUGACGACAAGCAAGGAUGAUGCCUCCAUCUUCAAACCUACAAUGGAAGACAUAAGUAAAUAUGAUACUGCUGCUAUAAAACUUACCAAGGCAGAGGAAAAAGAUAAACUGCCAAGUACAGACGAUUCUUCUGCUGCUAAGGCAACACUUGCAGAAGACAAGGAACAAGGCGACAGUAAAGAUGACACUUCCGCCACCAAAUGUACCAAGAUAGAAGCAGAGCAUGCACAAUUAAGUAAAGACGAUGAACUCUGUGCCGCAUCAAGCAAGGCAGAAGAAAAAGAGACACUUAAAGAUGCCGUCAAACCAGCCGGGGAGGACGAAAAGGAGAAAGAAAGAAAUAAAGAUGCUGUCAAAACUGCCAAGAUAGAGGAAGAGGAUGUAAUGAUGAGCAAAGAUAUUUCCGCUGUCAAAACAUCCAAGGACGAAUUUUAUACGCAACCCACCAUGCAAGACGAAAAGCAGAACGAAAUCAGUAAAGAUAUUUGUGCUCUCAAAUCAACGAUAGAAGAAGAAACGAAGAAAGUAGUAGAUAAGGAAGAAACUUUAGCUGAGGAAGGGCUGUCAAUUCAAGAUCAUAGUGUUGCUAUAAAACCCAACCAGGAAGAAAAAUAUACAGUAAUAAUUGAGGAUGAACUUUCUGCUAUCAAACCUACCAAGGAAGAAGAAAGCAAAGACACUUCUGGUGUAAAAACCCCUGCAGAUGAGGAGAAGGUAGAGAUGAAAGAUGUUACAUCUGAUGGAAAACUCAUCAAGGAGGAGGCAAAAGAAAUCCCAAAGGAUGAUAUUCAUGAUAAAGAAGUUAAAGUAAAAGUGAAAGAAAUGGAGAAAGAAAAGAGUUCUGAUUUGGUAUCCAUUCAUGAGCAGAAGGAUGACACUUCUGUCAAAGACAUGGAUGGUGGAGUUAAAGAGCAGGCGAAGGCUGAUAUCUCUGAUCACAAACUGAUUCUGGAGGAAAUUAAAGAUAAAGAAACUGAGAAAGAUGACAGUAAGAAGGAGAAAGACACUGACUCCAGUGUGGAGCAGCCCAAGGACACGAAAGUUGAAACCAUUGAGGACGAAGGCAAACCGGAGGCAGAGAAUGAUGAGAAAAAAGGGAAAGAUGAUCAUCCUUUUGAUACUCAAUCUAAGAAGGAUGAUAAAAAAGAGGUAGAUCUUCCCACGUCUCAGACCUUGGUUGAAAAGAGAACGAAAAAGGACGAUGUUUGUGACAUUGGCGAUAAGCAUCUACGUGAAGAAAGCUUUGAUAAGCUUACUGAAACCUUUGGCGCUCCAGAGAUUCAGCGAGGCACCUCUGUAACUACAUCUAGCGAAGACUUGAAACCAGUAAAAGAGGACAUCUGUGUGUCUCCAGGCCACAUCCGGGAGGAGAAAAAAGAGCAAGAUAAAGAAGCGAAAGCCGUCGUCAGUCAAGAAGAGAAGACGGAAAAAGAAAAAGACGACGCGCAUGUUGCUGAACUGAGCAAAGAGCAGAAAAUGGAAAAAGAACCAGAAAAAGAAUACACCUACGAGACGGAUGACGCCAAAGAUGAAAAGAUGAUGAAGGGAAAGGAUGUGGCCGACAAGAAGGCAGAUGAGAUAACUGAUAAAGACUCCUCUGAUGGAGACCACGCCAGAGAGGAGAAAUGGGAGAGAGAGGAGUUACAAGAGAAAGACUUCGACAAAACCAUUAAACAACCUGCAGUGAAAGUAUCAGGAGAAGCAGCUACGGCAUCCGAGUCCGAUUAUAAAUCUGCAUUUGUGGUUCAGUCCUCUGACGAAGACAGGGGAGAAGAAGAGGAGGAGGAGGAGGAGGACAUUUGUAUGGGAGGAGCCGGCUCCAGACCUUUGUCGGUGGAGCUGAGAAAGUCAGAACAUGACUUCUCGUCUGCAGGUCCGGCCUCAUCCCAAAAGACAAGUGGCCAAACCAAAACGCCAACAUCCGAGCAGAUCACGGUGAUCAUACCAACGCUCACAAUGCAGGAGCCCUCUAUCGAUGAAGACGGCAAAGAGUUAGGCGUAGAGGAAUCGAGACUGGACAAAGACGUUGUGAACACAGAAAGCACAGCUGCACCACUUGCCAAGCCAGAGCCCUCCUUUGAUAUCGUCACAUCAAAGGAGACAACCUCUAUUCCUAAACAGGAAAAGGCUUCUGAUAUACCAGCAGCCAAAGCAGAUCCAGCGUCUGAUUCAACUAGGCAGAGGCCUGCCUUGUCAACCGUAUCGAGCACUGACAGUCAACCCAGGAGCUCCACACUGUCGAGCACCGAGAGCCAGUCCAGUGUGGAGGAAACACAGCAGCAGGAGAAACUAAUACCGUCUCUGACAAGCUCGGCGGUCAGUGCGGCAGAAAAGACACAGCUGGAUGAGAAACCAGGAAAGGAAGCAGAGAGGGAGAUGGAAGGAGAGCGAGAGAUGGCGUCUCCCGGAUUAUCACAGCCUUGUUCCUAUUUCAUGUUGGAUUCUGAGGACGCCAGCCACACUCGAGUUGUCAAAUCCGACAACGCUGCACAAAUGCCGUCAGAGAAGGAAGCGGUCAGCGGAAGCAUCGGAGAUGAAAAGCAAACCUUCGGUGCGUCCAAGUACGAUCCGUAUGAAAAACCCAUUCCAAAGGACCGCGACUUGGACUCCAGAGAAGAAAGCGAGGUUUCUUUGGGUUUCGAUCACGCCUCUGAUAUUGGUAUUGACGAUAACAGAAGAACAAGCCAGACAGAGGCGGGAGGAGCCAUGUUCGCCCUGGACGACCAGUACAAAGAAGAGCCUCUGUCCUUUAGUAGAGUCGACUACAGCCCAGUGUCCCUCACUGAGAACAUGCAAGAUAACAAAAUGUCCCAGGCUGCUGAGUCUUAUUCUUUCAGUCCCAAAGAGGAUAAACCCGAGAAAUCGGAGAAAGAGAAAGAGGACAUGAGGGAAGGUUAUGGUGAUGACGAGGAAGAGGAUGAGGAAGCGAUGGAAUGGAUGACCAGUGCCCACAGUACCGCCAUGUCCUCCUCGAAAGAUACCUAUCACACGGAAACAUCCAGCAAAGGAGCCGCAAGGCCCGAUCGUCCCUCUGACUUGAACACCGGAGCCGCCUCCUCCUCUGCUUCCUAUCCAGGCCACUGCGAAUACAAACAUCGCAAAGGAGAGAUUUCUCCAUCGUUCAUCAACCCGAGCCCUCAUCCGAUCUCCAGUGACGAGGCCGAGGGCGAGGUGGACGACCGCAGCGACCGCUCCCAGGAAGGAGACGAGGACGAUCAGGAGCAGCACUCCGUGAAAAGGAGGUCGCAUAAGCAGGGUCGCCACCACCCUCCGAGCUCCCACGGAGACGCCGUACAGGGACCACAGCCGCUGCCCGGCCCCAUGUCGUCCGGUUUGGCUGCGACGUUAGCCGGAGAGGAAACGCCUCCGACGUCAGCGAGCGAGUCGUUGCCCUCGCAGUCCGAUUCUGACGUUCCUCCGGGGACCGAGGAGUGUCCUUCCAUAACGGCCGAAGGAAAUCUGGACUCGGACGAAGACGCCGAACAUCUGCCGGUGGACAAACUAUCUGGAGCUGGUGGGAGUCACCAUCCUCCAUCACCAAGGUCAGCUCAGAAGACUCAUGACCCACCUCCCACCCCGAUGAAGGACCCUCAUCCCCACCCUCCGCACCCAGAUGUGUGCAUGGUCGAUCCAGAGGUUCUUCUCAGUGACCACAGUGGCACAGAGAAACUCCUUAAAAAGGAGCACAAGACCACCAAGGGCCUCAGAAAGGGCAAACCCAAGUCGGCCUCCCCCGCUCGUAAGGGGGAAGUCAGGAAGAGGUCCUCUACUCCAGUGAAGCAGACCAAGGAGUCCGCCUCACCUCGAUCCGCCUCCCUCAAGAGGAAGGACACGGACAGAAGCUCCAGGCUGAUCAAGAUGUCGGAGACUCACGGCUCCAGGAGCGAGAUCCUCAACCCGGGGAAGGGCUUGGUCAAUGGAGUCAAGAGCAGUUCAGGAAACAACGCCCAGAAAACUAGCUCAGCCGCGCCCUCCGGACCCCCCAUCUACGUGGACCUGGCCUACGUGCCCAACCACUGCAGUGCCAAGAACGUGGACCAGGAGUUCUUCAAGAGAGUGCGAGCUUCGUACUACGUGGUGACCGGGAACGACCCGGGCAGCGGGGAGCCCAGCCGUGGAGUCCUGGACGCCCUGCUGGAGGGCAAAGCCCAGUGGGGCUCCAAUCUACAGGUGACUCUGAUCCCGACCCACGACUCAGAGGUGACCCGGGACUGGUACCAGCAGACUCACGAGAGGCAGCAGGACCUGAACAUCAUGGUUCUGGCCUCCAGCAGCACUGUCGUCAUGCAGGACGAGUCCUUCCCGGCCUGCAAGAUCGAGUUCUGA